UAGGUCAGUUUAGACUGACAUUUAAAUCAGCCGCAGUAAGGAGCAGGAGUACGUAUGGUCUGCAUAGUAGGACAUUAUUUUAAAAUUUACUCAUUUUAUUUUAAGAAAUAAGUGUAAUUUUUGUCUAAUAUUUAAGGUCAGUAGAAGAAAUAAUUAAUUUCCCGCUGCAGUGUUUCAGUCUAAGAAGAGUUGUGUUGUGUUGGUCCUCCAGUUUUUGAAUGAAGAGCUUUCAUUUUUAUGUUUAGAUUUUUUUGUAAUUUUACUCACGAUAGUGCGGUGGUCCGUUAAACCUGAAUGCAUUUUUCAAGCUUUUUCUUUUAAGCAAAAUAAAUAAAUAAAUAAAAAAUUCCGUUACCCGCGGAAAAGGACUAAGGAAAUGUUUAAGUAAGCCUGUUUAUAAUUAUUUGUUGCUACUGUUUGUCUUAAAGAAAGAAAGAAAAAUACUGGCAACCAACUGCAUUUUCUAAGCGUCUCUACAGAAGCAAAACGAAAAUACAAUUGUAUGUUUUACAUGAAAUAUUGUAGUUUGGCCUGAAAAAAAAAACAAACAAACGCCAAAACAUAAUAAAUCAGUCUAUUUUCUGUCUGCAUAAUUCAAUAGCAUUUUAAAAUAUUGUAGAAAGGUAUUCGCUAAAUUAUCAAACUGCAUCAUGUUCAGCUGGUUGGGUAAUGAUGACAGGAGGAAGAAGGAUCCCGAGGUGUUCCAGACUGUCAGCGAGGGUCUCAAGAAGCUCUACAAGACCAAGUUGCUGCCCUUGGAGGAACAUUACAAAUUUCACGAGUUCCACUCGCCAGCCUUGGAAGAUGCCGAUUUUGACAACAAGCCCAUGGUCCUGCUGGUUGGUCAGUAUUCCACUGGAAAGACCACCUUCAUUAGGUACCUGUUGGAGCAGGAAUUCCCUGGUAUGAGAAUUGGUCCAGAACCAACAACUGACUCCUUCAUAGCAGUGAUGCACGGGGAUGUGGAGGGGAUAGUUCCAGGAAAUGCCUUGGUUGUGGACCCCAAAAAACCUUUCCGGAAGCUGAAUGCAUUUGGCAAUGCAUUUCUUAACAGGUUUGUGUGUGCCCAGCUCCCAAACCCAGUACUGGAGAGCAUCAGUAUCAUUGACACACCAGGUAUCCUGUCCGGUGAGAAACAGAGGAUCAGCAGAGGUUAUGACUUUGCUGCGGUGCUGGAGUGGUUUGCAGAGAGAGUUGACCGAAUCAUUCUCCUGUUCGAUGCCCACAAGCUGGACAUCUCAGACGAGUUCUCUGAUGUGAUCAAGGCGCUGAAGAACCACGAGGACAAGAUCCGUGUGGUCCUGAACAAAGCUGACCAGAUCGAGACCCAGCAACUGAUGAGGGUCUAUGGUGCCUUGAUGUGGUCGCUGGGGAAGAUUGUCAACACUCCCGAGGUGAUCCGGGUUUACAUCGGCUCCUUCUGGUCUCACCCGCUGCACAUUCCUGACAACCGCAAGCUCUUUGAGGCAGAGGAGCAAGACCUGUUUAAGGAUAUUCAGAGUCUACCACGAAAUGCUGCUUUGAGGAAGCUGAAUGACCUGAUCAAGAGGGCAAGGCUUGCCAAGGUGCAUGCCUACAUUAUUAGCUCGCUGAAGAAAGAGAUGCCUGCUGUCUUUGGAAAAGAACAUAAGAAAAAAGAACUAAUUGGCAGUUUAGGGGAGAUCUACAGCAAGAUUGAGAAGGAACAUCAGAUCUCUCCAGGGGACUUCCCCAACCUAAAGAAAAUGCAGGAGCUAUUACAGUCUCAUGAUUUGAAUAAGUUCCAACCCCUAAAGUCCAAGCUGCUGGACACGGUGGACGACAUGCUGGCUCACGAUAUCGCCCAACUCAUGGUGCUGGUGCAGCAGGAGGAGAUGCAGAGACCCAACCAAGUGGUGAAGGGCGGCGCCUUUGAGGGCACCAUGAACGGCCCCUUCGGCCAUGGUUAUGGGGAAGGAGCAGGCGAAGGCAUCGACGAAAUUGAGUGGGUGGUGGCCCGAGACAAGCCCAUGUAUGAUGAGAUCUUCUACACCCUGUCGCCCAUCAACGGGAAGGUGACAGGAGCCAACGCCAAGAAGGAGAUGGUGAAGUCCAAACUGCCCAACACUGUACUAGGCAAGAUCUGGAAGCUGGCAGACAUUGACAAAGAUGGCAUGCUGGAUGAUGAGGAAUUUGCUCUGGCUAACCAUCUUAUCAAGGUUAAGUUGGAAGGUCAUGAGCUGCCAAGUGAUAUUCCUUCCCAUCUUAUUCCCCCUUCUAAGAGGAAAAUCACUGAAUAAAAGGAGGAGGGGCAACAGGAAACAUGUGAAGGAAAGAAGUAGUACUCCUUAUUGAAGGUCAUUUUGAGCUUUCAUAAAAUGAUUGGUGGUGAACAAAAAGGCUAUUGAGCUUUUGUGUUAAACCUCUUAAACAUGCUUCUUAGUAUGUGAUAUAAAGAAAGCAAACAAGAAGUGCAGAAGUCUUUGAGUUGCUGAAGGAAACUGAUUGCAGUCUUAGCAUUUAUACUUGUAGAAUUGAUGGUAAGUACAUGAUUCAUACUAUUAAAAAUAAUAAUAAAAUUGUCUUCUUCAGGGACCCAGGGCAUGUAUUACCAUAAACAUAAUAUUUAAAAAAAAUAUUCUUUCUUGUACAGAUAUAUAGAAUACUGCAUGGGGUAGUGUGUGGGAUGACAAUUGAAUGCACACCCGAGGGGUGAGUGGCUACUUAAACCCGGAGGGUGAAGCCAGAGGGGUUUAUCCAAGCAUCCCAACCCGAGGGUGGGCAUUCAAUUCUCAUAUCGCACACUAACGCAUGCAGUAUUUUUUUAUUGUCUCUGCUGAGCAAUUUUUUUUCUGCCAGUGUUCUAAAGUUCAGUGUUACUUGUUGUGGGGGACUCACUCCAUUUAGUUUGUGAGUUACUAGACAGAAAGUGAACUGCAUAAAUAGUUUUAUUUAAAAUAGUAGCAACUUUGAUAACUUUCACACAGUUUAAAUUAAGGUUUGCAUUAUGUGAGACAGUGCAGAGAAAACCGCAAUUGCAGUGAUCUGUGCUAGGAGUUAUAACGUGACCUGUAACCAAAGUGAACAGUUUAAACAUGUAACUUUUUUUUUUUUUUUAAAAAGCAAGCUUCCUGUGGUUUUUCAGGUGGAUUAUUCUUCUCUGUGUGGAGUGUCAGUUAUGUGUUUUAUUUUUUAUUGCGGUCAGGUUUUUGUGGCAAUUAUUUUAUUUUAUUUUUAUUUUUUUUUGAGAAGGCUAAAAACUUGUUAGGGAGCGUGUUAAAAUUACGCACUUCAACAUUUUUGCAAUUUUUAUGUUCAGUAGCUUGUUCCAAGAGUGUUUGUGUUUGCUAACCUUUUUGUAAUAAGUGGUUUACAGUGACUCCCCCGUAGAAAGUGCAACUUCACGUACUGUACUGUGAUUCUGUGUACAAUAUGUAGAUUUAUAGAGUAGCUCUAAUCAAUACAGUUGGCGCCACGUAAUCGGGAUACUGCUAAUCAGGAUUUCUGCUUAAAUGGGAUACAACUGUGGGAGACAGUUCUUCCCAAUGCUAUUUAUGUCUUUUUAAUUGGGAAGUCACUUUGUUUAAUGGGGAUACAGUAUUUUAAAAUUGUGAAAGGAGAUGGCUUUUUGGAGUAAGACAGGUUUGCACAGUGCAGUGAGUAUGUGAUUACCCUGUGAUUUGCUUAAACCAUGUUGAACUCUUGAAGGAGCUGGAGUGUCUGUCCUGUGGUUUCUCAGGCUGCAGUUGCAAAGAAAGUAGUGUCAGCAUCGCAGAUGCCUCGCCUUGUGAUAAAGAUGCAAUGCCAUUCUUUUUCAUUUCAUGUAGAAUUUUUUUUUUUAAUAAUUUUGUUUACAAAUAAAAACGAUUGACUCAUUUUAAAUGAUGUAUUUCACAUUUAAUCAUUAUGUGAUGUGAUUGUAUUAUUUAUUUUCAUUUAGAUACAAAAAAGUGCGGCUUUUUUGUGACUAAGAUCGGCUCAAAUGCCUUUUUAAUUGGGACAGCGGCUUAUUCAGGAUAUUUUUACAUCUCUCCGUGUCCCAAAAAUGACAGUAUGGUCUUGCAUGUGAACUCCCUCGUGCACUUAUUUACUGCUAUCGCAUUAUGUAUUCUUUCUUGGUGCUUUUAACUUAAAAUAUUCAAGACUUAAAUAUAGUGUAGUUACGUCACACAGUUCUCGCCAUCUAGAAUACAUUGUGGGUGAGUAUUGGAAACAUUUCUUCUACAGUAUUGAGGUACAUUAAAAUCUGGUAAUACAAUUGUCUUCCGUUGUUUUAUUUAGUAGUUUAAUUGUAUUUGUUAAGUAAGAAUUGUCUAGGAAUGGAUUUCAAAAGUGCUUGACUCAGAUUUCAAACAGAUGAAACUGUCUUUCAUUGUGAUCAAAUCUCUUUAUGGGUACUUUAGCCUUCUCGAAACUGUAGUGAAUGAAAUGUUCCACUUUGACAAAGCACAGCAAUCUUGUAUUAUUUAAAUAAGGAAAUAACUAACAAAGGAGUUCAGAGUUGUUGAUUUCAAAGCUAAAUGUAUUCUACAGCAGAGUCAACACCCAAGCAAAUGUAUUGUGUACCAAGUUACUAUCAGUCACAUGCAUUCAGUUGAAAUGGCUGAUAAAAUGGACAAUUACCUUGACCAUGUUCUAGUUUUUUUAAUCUGAUUGCUCAAAAAGUACUACCCCAAUCUAGUCUGUGCAGCCUCUGUGAAAUAGCUAUUUUAUUGUAGCACAUAGUUUAAAAAAUACCGUUAUUGUAAACCGUGCUAACGGCUUACAGUAAAUUGAUACAGCUCAUUCUAAAGUGAAUAUGAUAUGUG